AACACUCCUGCAUUUCAUCCCCACAUCUUCAUAGAAACCAUAACCCACCAAACCAUCUUGCAAUCUUGGCCUCUCCAUUCUCCGUGAGCCCUAAGUAAGCCAUGCAAUCGACUCCCUUCUUGCCCUCAACGCUCCCUUGCAACCCCGCCUUCCCUCGUUCCGCAAAUCGAACGAAGAAAGCGGCUACCAAGAGAUCCGACGCAAGAGUUUUCGCGUCGAGGAGGGAAGAGUACGAUGGUAUGGACCAGUACUCCGGCGGCCACCACGUGGACCGAGACAUGGUCGUGCUCCGGAAACGGAUCCAUGAGAUGAGGAUGGCGGAGCGGGGCCGCGAGCCGCCUCCCGAGUGGAUGGACUGGGAGAAGCGUUGCUACACGAGCUAUGACUCGAUUAUAUGCAAGACCGUGGGGUUUCUGCAGUCUCAGAUGAUGAACGCUAGACCCAGCGUUGUUCUCGGAGUGGCGACUUUGGUGGUGUUCAGUGUACCUACAUCUUCAGCAUUGGCCUUGUUCCGCCUGGCCGAGGUGACCAGAGACAUCUUGGCAACGGUUCAUCUCUGAGCCUAGAAAACCUAGUCGGUACUUGCCUUUCUUUCUUUGUUCGUAAACAUAUUCGCCACGCAUGACUAAUAACUUAUGUGCAACGUUCAGUUUAAGAUGUUUCCGAUAAAUGUUACAGUUGUGCUUUUCAGGAAA